UCGCUCACGUACAACUUGAAGUCGCCAUAUUCGUUCUGCCUCACCGAACGACCAGUCACCAGCCGCCGUGGAGGUGGAAGAAAGUAACCCCACAACGAUAAUGACUCGUUGAUAACUCAGUGCUUCCAAGACCGAGCCCGCAACCGUCGCACCAUGCGGCUCCUUCUCGCGACCCUCGCCGUGUGCGCGGCCUUAGGUAGUUGUUCGAAAUUAAAGGGACUUCCGAUUAACCGUAAACAAAAAAUAAUUUCAGCGUUACGCGGCCAAGAUUCCAAAUUUCCAUUGCUUUCGCCGGAGAAGCAGUUUGAAUAUUUGCUUUACAUUAAAAAAGUUCCUAAAGGUUUCAAGCAACCUACCAAUACGAUCAGUGAUUAUGCAAAGUUAUUUUCGAAUUUAAUUACAGGAGUGCAAGGAAAGCACAGGCAUAAGAAACACGUGCUAAGCAAAAGAAGCACCAGUAAUUUAAAGUGUCAUGAAAAUGGAAGAUUUUACAGAAACCCGGAUCGCACAGAAGAAGCAACGUGGACAAAUGACGAGUGCGCCAAAUAUUACCUGUGUCUCCAAAACGAGGUCUUCGAGUUUCGUUGUUCUCCGGGCCUGCUGUUUGACGUGAACAGGCAACUUUGUGACCAGGCGCAGAAUGUUCACAACUGUGACGUGACUACUGAAACACAUAUCCCGAAGCCUCUGCUGGAAAACGGCUCGUGCGCCAACGAGACGCACCUCGCCUGCGCUAACGGAAACUGUGUGCCUGCGGAAUACUUCUGCGAUGGAUCCAACGACUGCGCUGACUCAUCUGAUGAAGGCUGGUGCGACGUGCAGUACGACCCUAAUUCUGCGGCGCCCUGCGACACGGGACUCUGCCAGCUGCCGGACUGCUUUUGCACCAAAACAGGGACUGACAUCCCUGGUGGUUUAGUUCCAAACCAGACUCCUCAAAUGAUCACCCUGACCUUCCACGGUCCAGUGAACCACGAGAACUGGGACGUGUUCACAAAACACUUGUUCACACCCGAGCGCCGAAACCCGAACGGGUGCAACAUAAAGGCGACGUUCUUCAUCCCGCACCAAUAUACCAACUACAGGCACGUGCAGAAGCUGUGGAACGAGGGGCAUGAGAUCGCUGUCAACUCUAUUACGAACCGCGGCCCCGAAGAAUGGUGGUCCAAAAACGCCACUGUAGAGGAUUGGUUCGAUGAGAUGGUCGGUCAAGCGAACAUAAUCAACAGAUUCGCUAAAGUACGCAUGGAAGACUUCAGGGGCCUCCGCGUCCCGCACCUGUCACUGGGCUGGAACCGCCAGUUCCUCAUGAUGCAAGAGUUUGGCUUCGUGUACGAUGCGACGGCGGUCGCGCCGGUGUCGGACCCACCGUACUGGCCGUACACGCUCGAUUAUAAAAUGCCGCACAAGUGUUCCGGAAACCAGUACUGCCCAACGCGGAGCUACGCCGGCGUAUGGGAGAUGCCCAUAAACCCAUUCCUGAACGAAGGAGGCAAGGAAGAGGAAGCGUGUACGACCCUGGAACACUGCCCCAAGCUGACUGACAAAGAUGUGUACGAUGUCCUGGUCAGCAACUUCAAAAGACAUUAUCUGAAGAACAGGGCUCCGUUCGGCAUUCAUUUGAAUGCUACGUGGUUGAAGAAUGCUGAAUAUUUGCAUGCUUUUAAGAAAUUUAUCAGUGAAUUAAUGAAACUACCGGAUGUCUACUUUGUGACAAACAAACAAGCCAUCGAAUGGAUGAAGCGGCCAACGCCAGUGCUCCAUAUAAACAAGUUUGAGCCGUGGCAGUGCAAAAAUCACAAUUUGGACGAUGUUGAAUAUGCCUGCCACAAACCGAGGACUUGUAAACUACAGUCAAAGGUUCUACAGCAUGAUAAGUACAUGAUAACCUGUCAAGGUUGCCCACAGAGCUAUCCAUGGAUAAGAAACGAGUUUGGACUAGAUUAAUAUUAAAAAAUAAUGUACCAUCAUUGACACAGUUAAUUGACUAUUUAUAGCUCGUCAAGCAAAUCUUGUCAGUAGAAAAAGGCGCGAAAUUUAAAUUCUCUAUGGGACGAUAACCCUUCGCGCCUAGAUUUUAUUAAUUUGCCGCCUUUUUCUACUGACAAGAUUUGCUUGAGCAACUUUAUAUGUAUACCUUGUUGCAACUAUACUUGCUGGAAAACUAAGUGGAAAAUCAGGUCAGGUAAAUCAUCAGAAUCAUGUUGUCUCUUUCGCACUUGCACAGCCUUAUGGAGUGGGACUUGCAACAGUAGUGCAGGUAGUAUUAUGCAUAAAAGGUACAUACAGUAACACUCUUACCUGUCCAUCGAUGGACCUUAUUACAAAAGGCAUAAGGUCCACCGAUGGGCAGUUAACAGUGUGGGCGAUGGUACAUGGUACCUGACUUUUAAUGCCCAACUUGCUACAUGGUGCUCCGGCAAGUAUAGACGAAGUAUACCGAUAAUCAGUUAAGUGUGUGGUGUUAGUAAAUAUACUAUAACUUAUGACUUAAGUUACCAGUGGAGCAGAUGACUUUAUGAAUGGAUUUGGACAUUGUUGUUCCAUAGUAUUAUAGUGUAAUAGGUUUUGUAAAUUUUAAGCAUGUGUGCAAUAAUUUAUUUUUUGUAGAUAAUAAAUAUAAAUAACGUU